AUGACCGCAGAAUCCAGUAUGGGCUUCUUCCGCCGCAUGUUUGCUUUCUUGGAAGAAGGUUCACACCAUGCCUUGUCCAAGGGCAAGCCAAGCCGAAGUCUUAUGAGCGCCGCUGUCGCCCUCAACAAGAUGGGUCGUAGGCCAUCUUCCAAUAGCUUCCGAGGAGAAAAUGUGGCUUCCAACAGCCUAACAACUACUCGAUGCCACGCUGCCACUUGCGAAAGCAGCUCCGAAUCCAUCUCGAACCACUCUGCGACUGCCACAGCCCAAGACGAAAGCCAGCUUUGCGUCCUGAACGAUGCGAUUGACUUUGAGCCCGAGAAGCAGCUCGCUAUUCUUAAGAGUAAGCAGAAGGUUUCUGGCCUUUCCGAUCUGUACCAGGGUCAGGCAUUCCCUCCUAUCGAGCAUCUUCUUACCAAGCCAGAGAGGCAACGAAUCCGACAAGUCUCAGUCUCUCAUGUAUCGACAAUCAGCUCAAGCUCCCUUAGUAAACAAUGUGAUCUAGACGAAAGCGUUUUUGUCAGAUUCCCGUCUUUUGAGCAGGCUGGGGUGAAGCAGCUCGGCGAACUCCUCGAGCACGAGAGCCGCUUUGCUAAGUACCAUGAAGAGGAUGACGAUUGCGAUGAGUGGGGCAUCCAGUGCGGUGGCAUCGACGAAGCUGCGGUCUCGUCGAAGAGACACCCCAACAUCGUCAACUACGAGAAGUACAUCGACAACAGUGUGAUUCAACAGAUCUAUGAAGAUCUUCCCGAGGCCGAGAAUGCCGAUUUCAAGACUGCCACAAAGUCGGCUCGCAACUUGCGAUUUGGCAACUACACCACCGGCAAGUAUGUGAAGAUCAAGUCGAAGCAGGAUGAUGGCGUGUCGAAGCCGCAAAAGAAGCCGGGCAAGUGGGUUGCUGGUCUCCUUCGUAAGGCCUUCAGUCUCUUCUUUCCGAAAGUUGCCCAGCCUGCCCUGUCCCUUGCCGCUGAACCGCGAGUUCGUUUCUGCCAUCCUCUUGGAUUAUCUGAAGUACUUUAUACGAUGGAGACGCAUCACGCUUGCGGCUGA